UAGUGUUUACCUGUUGGCGUUAUCGAUGUUGUUGCCGGCAAAAAUAUAAAUAUAAUAUUUUUUAAAGUGGGAGUUAGUUUACAAAUAAAGUAUAGAAAAAUUAUGAAUUAAGAUGCCUACAGUAUUAUUACUAGACGUGUCUCUGUCUAUGAGUCGGCCCGUACCAUCAUCAGACUCGACAGAAAACCAUACCAGACACACAAUCGCAUCAGCGGCAAUUAAUACAUUUCUCGAUUAUUUGACCGAUCACAUAAAGCUGGAAUAUGUAGCCUUGUUAACAUUCUCUUCUGUGUGUGAAGUUGCAGUACCAUUUACCCGGGAAUAUGACAACAUACGAGCAAAGCUUCUGAAUAUUGAAGACGGUGACAAGACAUGUAUUGAAACUGCUCUGCUAGUUGUUAAUCAGCUAGUAUUAAAUGACUGGGGAUACCAGACUCCUGUGCAUAUUGUUAUUGUAACGGAUGGAAGCUGUGGUGUGGGAGCAAUCGGUAGAAACCGCAUCUUACAAGCACUGCCGUUACCCCCCACUUACCCAGUAAGGAUACACAUAUUGCCAGUCGCCGCACCUCAUGACCCAAACUUACAACAAGCAAUGCUUCUUUACCAGAAGAUUGUCGAGAUGGCUGGGAAUACUAAUAGUUCUACUGGAAACAUAACUAGGGGUGGCAUUUAUUGUCCAGACCAAUUGAACGUGCCUGGGGUGAUAACCGCCAUGAACAAGUUAUGUGAGCAGCAGUACCAGGAGUUCUGGUGCACUUUGAAGUGCGGUCAGCUGGAAACGAGGGUGCAACUGUUCCCCGCACCGCAGCCAACGUCACACGAGGGAUUGGCCGCCACAUACACCAUCUCUAACCAACUUCACGUCAUAGGAUUCAUGUCUCAACAAGAUUUAGGUACUCCCAUUGCUGUUAGCAAACAUCUAGUAAUACCACAAGCACAGACCAGCAACACAAACACACCUCGGGAAAACUAUGGCUCUAAGACACCAACAAAGGAAGGAUCAGGCACCGACGGGUCUACGGACGAGGAUAUGUCAGAUCCCAGUAAAGUGCCGAAUUUCUGUGUUCUUCUGCACGGCGCAUUGAAGUUGUUGUUGAAGGUGGAAGGCAUGGCGGCGGUGCUCCAGCUGGGUCCCGACUGGUGGGGGUCGUUGUCGGCUUGGUGCCACAUGUCGCGCGCGCGCCGCUCCUGGCUGCUGCUCAGCAUCAUGACGCCGGGAGCCUCCGCCGCACCCUGGCUGGGCCCGUUGGAUCAGCUCGGGCCGGCAGACGAAUCUUCUGCUGCGGCCGCAGAGACGUUUCCUGUGCGCUCGUGGCGGUCGUACAGCGGCGGCGGCUCCAGCUGUGCCUGGGCUCGCCCGCACGCGCUGCUUGCUGACGUGCAGAAGGUGUUGCGACACGCCAGGAAGCUGCCCGACAAGACGCAGCAUCUCUAUAAGGAGCUGAACCGACUGCGCCGCGCCGCCAUAUCGCUGGGGUUCUCGGAGCUGCUGACGUGUGUGGGCGGCGCCCUGGAGCGCGAGUGUGCGUCCCUCCCGCCCGGCGCUCCGCCCGAGGUCGCGCUCCAGCUGGCGCACGCCGCGGCCGCGCUGCGGGACCCUCGCACGGCGCUCGACAUCAAACACACGCUGCAGCCACUGACCUCCAACUUCUCCGUCACCUCCAUGACACAUUGAACCGACUCCGGCGCUGCGGGACCCUCGCACGGCGCUCGACAUCAAACACACGCUGCAGCCACUGACCUCCAACUUCUCCGUCACCUCCAUGACACAUUGAACCGACUCCGGCGCUGCGGGACCCUCGCACGGCGCUCGACAUCAAACACACGCUGCAGCCACUGACCUCCAACUUCUCCGUCACCUCCAUGACACAUUGAACCGACUCCGGCGCUGCGGGACCCUCGCACGGCGCUCGACAUCAAACACCCGCUGCAGCCACUGAU